UAAUUUUAUGGUAUAGUAAUUUUAGUAGUCAAUGCAUAUACUAUGUUCUAACACUUAGUAUAUAUUUUUAACACUUAAUGUUAAGCGCUAUUGAGCUAUGGGAAAUGGCGCUAUAUAAAUGAAUUAUAAUAAUAAUAAUAAUAAUAAUAAUAAUAAUAAUAAUAAUAAUAAUAAUAAUAAUAAUAAAAUCUACAAUACGAUGGCGUUUACAGUGCAUGAAGUCGACAAAAUUAAUACAUUGUUCGCUAAAUUUGAAGAGUAUUGUAAGCCGAGAAAAAACAUUAUCAUGGGAAGAUAUAGAUUCAAUACUCGAGUCCAACGAAAAGACGACACAGCCGAUCAGUAUGUUACAGAGUUGAAGCUCAUUGCGAAGAAUUGUAAUUUUGGCAGCUUGGAAGACGAGUUAAUUCGAGAUCGCUUGUGUACAGGACCAACUCGGAGCGAAUAAAAGAGCGACUAUUACGCGGAGAAGAGGAAUUGACUUUGGUCAAAGCUUUAAAGAUUUGUCGGGCAGAUGAACAGUCUAACAAAGAAUUAAAAGCGAUGAAUGGGGAAAACGAAGUCGAUACAAUAAAGAAACAAUUAGCCGCAUGGAAAGCCGGUAAAAACCAGAACAAGACAGAUGGCAAGCGUAAGAAUUUCGCGCAGCGUGACGACAAGCAAGAAGAAUUUAAAUGCAAAAAUUGUGGGAAGUGCCGGAAGUCUCAUGCAUCGAAGCAGUGCCCAGCGUACGGGAAACAUGUUUCAGCUGUGGAAAGAAUAAUAAUUUUUCUAAAGUCUGUCGAGCGAAGAGGAAAGUAGGUCUCGUUGAACAAGAUAAAAAUAAAGAACCUUUGGAGCCUUUGUUCAUCGGAGCGGUAAAGCAACAACAACGAAGAAGAUGAAUAUUUUAAAACACUCGUGAUGCAAGACAAACAAAUACAAUUCAAGAUCGACACCGGUUCGCAGGGCCGCGUUUACACAACACGGGGCCCGUUGCAUUUUCUUCGCGCGGGGCCCCAAAUUUUUGCCUUCUCUAUUAGACUAUAACCUGGAAAUUUACCUCGUUUUAAGCAUAAAUCGUAGCCACGUGGCGUUCGCUUCGCGUAUAGCAACUCUAAAGUCUGAGACCAAAUUAGAUACAAGAGUAGUAUAUAUUAACUUGGUAUUUGAAAUUUUUUAUUUAUAAUUACUAUUAUAUCCUUGUGGCUUACAGCUAUUUCAAUCAAGGUUGUCGCCGAGCAUGCAAAGCGGAAAAGUCGAAUACGAACGCGGAAAGCUUGCUGGGAAUCCCUAACUGAAAAUCCAUUAAUUUAUAUGCAAUUUCCAGCAAGCCUUUCGCGUUCGUAUUCGACUUUACCGCUUUGCUCGGGGACAAUUACCUUAAUUGAAAUAGCAGUAUAUCACUUUGAAAUGUUCCCGUUAUCAAUUUACGAUGAUUUGUAUAUACUCUUUUUUCGAGAUUUCAUGAGCGCAAAGUCAUUGAUGAGUGAAUUUAUGUCAAGCUCACGAAGAAUGUCUUGUUUAGCACUUAGUAAUAUCAGGUCGUUCAACCGUCUCUGACCCAUGGUGGAUCUGUACGAGUUCUUUAUGUAACGCAAUAUUGAAAAAGAUCUUUCGCCAGAGCAAUUAGAUAUCAUAAGAGAAAGAUAAAUACGAAGUACGACUUCUAUAUUUGGAAAUACUGUUUCUAGUUUGUUUUCUAAUAUGAGCUUGUACAUCCGAACCUCCGAUGAUUCUAGUUUCAUUGCACCAUUGUUUUCAAAUUCCAUGGCUUCAUCAUGCUCAUGCAGCUCAUCGUUAUCGAUGAAUGACAUAACUUCAUCAUCACUUGGAGUUGUAGUAACUGGUGAAGAUGGCGCUGAAGAAUCCUCAGAUGGUGCGGGCGAGGAAGGGAUUUUAGAAAGGACUGGUGCUUCUACAGAGCUUGACGAAUCCAGGUAUCUCUCGGCAAGCUCGGUUUUCAGGAGGGCAGAGAACUGUAAUAGCUCGUCUGAAAGACUCGGCUCAAGGUCACCUGGGUAAAUUUUACAAAGCUGAUUUGCACUCAGUGUCAGUUUGUCGUCAGGUAGCUCCUUCAUAGUUCUCAAAAAUCCAAACCUUGACGCAACAGUGGCGUGACGUAUGCUUCCUUACGUUUCUUCAACUCAGCAACCAAACUAUCGAUAAUAACCAAAAACGUUACCGUUCGAAAAUUAUCGUCAGGUGUAAGUUCUACUUCCGGAACUGAUCCUGGUUCAUCAUAACGACGAUUCCGCUGGCGAUUUCGUUUCAUUUCGUCUUCGUAAUGUUCGUAUCCAUUGAGCAAUUUUCCUUCAGCCUCGAACUGCUCAAAUUUUGGUCUCAUAUUUUUCACGUACUCUUCCAGGGAUUCAUAAAUAGCGGCAGCCGAGUUAAUGUCUUGAUCCGCGGAUUGAAGCAAUUGGCUGUUACUGUUAAAACACUUCAAGAUACGGUGCCAUACCAGAGUAAGUAUGCCAGUCUCCAAACGAUCCAUAUUAGAAGCGUGAUUUAGAGCUUCUUUUCGAGUAUCUCUUUUCUGCUCUGGGUCUGAAGCAAUCUCUUUCAAUCCAGCUUUGAUUUCUUCGUAGACCUUGACCACGGCUUUAACAGCGGCGCCAUGCGCUCACCAAGGAGUGUCUGAUAGACGUUUUACUGUGGGCAAGCCUUUUUUCUUCAGCCGAUUAUGGACUACUUUCCAACGGUGUGCUGAAGCGACGAGGAAAGAAUAUAAACCUUGGACAAAGCCAAAAAAUCCGACAGAUUCCAAACAGCAACUUACUGCUGAUUGGCCGACUACAUUGAGAGAAUGUGCGGCGCAAGGCACAUACUCGGCAAGUGGGCACUUUUGGUGAAUAACAGCUUGCAUAAAUAAUAAUUAAUAAUAUAGCAUCAUAUACUUUUAGCCACAUCGCGGGGCCCUGGAAGGCGCGGGGCCCGUGGCAUAUGCCACAUCUGCCACUGUGUAAAACCUGCGCUGCCGGUUCGCAAGCUGAUAUACUCACCGUAGCGUAACAACGUUUAGAAGUUUAGAAGAUGUCCAGCUCGAGACGACAGCAGUCAAACUCACAAGCUACACGGGAGAACAUUUGCCGGUAUUGGGACAAUGUUACUUGAUCAUGAAAUGUAAUGACAAAAUUUAGAAGUUUUUUGUUGUUGAGACGAAGCAAGUAGCUAUCUUGGGUUUACAGACCUCGAAAGAUCUGAACUUAAUCAAGUUGGUUAUAGGUUCGAAAGAUCUGAACUUAAUCAAGUUGGUUAUAGGCACUCUUAGGUUCGACAAAUGAGUGGUUAUAUAACAUGGACAGUGGCUUAAUCAAUGGAGUCCUGUUCUUGGACUUGAAAAAAGCUUUUGACACUGUCGACCAUGAAAUCUUAUUAAAGAAACUUCGCCUAUACGGCAUAAAAGGAACUACUUACGCAUGGUUUGAAUCUUACAUCCAAAAUAGGAAAUCGAUUUGUUUAAUGAAUGGGAAAAAAUCACAUGCUAGAGAAAUUAGGUGUGGGGUACCACAAGGUUCUAACCUUGGCCCCAUCCUAUUCCUCUUGUAUAUUAACGAUCUACCUAAGUGUAUAGAAACAACCAAGGCUAACUUGUUUGCUAAUGACACAAAUCUUUCGUGUGCCGGCUUAGAUGCCAAUGAAAUCGAGACUAAACUUAAAAGAGAUCUUGAGAAUGUUCAUAGUUGGCUUAGAUGUAACAAGCUCACGCUAAACGAUAGCAAAAUGGAAUUUAUGAUAAUUGGCUCUAGACAUCAUCUUACUAAAUUUGAAGACAACCCAGAGAUUUCAUUAGCCAUACGAGAUAAUAAUAUUAAACGGGUCACCAAUAAAAAAUCUCUUGGUUUUAUCAUCGACGAUCAAUUAAAGUGGGGUAUACACAUUGACGCACAAUGUAAAAAAAUUUCAAAAAAUAUCGCAUUACUAAGAAGAGCCAAGUCCUUUGUUCCUUUACACAUUUUAAUCAAAAUGUAUAAUGCUCUAGUAUCUCCUCACCUGACAUAUUGCUCAACAAUAUGGAAUGAUGGAUCUAAUACCAUUCUUAACAAACUCUCUAGCAGCUCGGGUUAUCACAGGACAAUCAUACGAUGUUCGUUCCACUCAAAUACUAGAAAGUCUCAAUUGGAUGCCAAUUGAAGACAUUUUAAAGAAAAGAGAAAUCAUUAUGACGUUUAAAGCUUUAACUAACAGACUACCUGAUUAUGUGCAGAAUUUCUUCACGAGAUGCGAAAAUAGUAAUUAUUCUCUAAGAAGCAAUAAUGUUAAACUAUCUUUGCCUAAACCAAGAACCAACUUUCUUAAAAGAAGUUUCUCUUAUAUAGAGCAGCACAAGGGUGGAACGAAUUAUCGGAUGAAGUAACUAAUAACAUUCAGGAUUUAUCUUUACCCAAUUUCAAAAGGCGUUUAGCCCUUAACCUUGCACAUGAAUAAUGUAUAAUGCAUUUCCGAAAUUAAUGGAGUGUGUAAUAAUUAUGUGCUGUAAUUAAAUGUAAAUAUCCAUAGUUAAUGUGUGUUUAAUACUAUAUAGCACGGCCCUUUGAAAAACAGACUGUAUAUAUUAUACUGAAUAGGCUACCGUGUUAAAAGAAAUUUUAUUAAAGAUUAAAGAUUAAAGGUUAUGAACGUAAAGUUAUCAAAGCGAGAAAAUACGACGGCGAAAUCUGCCAAUGAUAUGGCCAGUCAAUUUCCUAAAGUUUUUCAAGGGCUUGGUUGUUUCAAGAAACCCUAUCAUAUCCAAGUGGACCCGAAAGUUACUCCAGUUGUGAGCACAUUGAAGAGUCAACCGGUAGCGCUGAGAGAUCGACUUAAACAGUCCGUGGAUGAAAUGGAAGCAGAUGGGGUAAUCGAGAAAGUCGAUCAAUUCUGUUGUAGUGGUAAUGAAACCUAACAGCAACAAGUUACGGAUUUGCCUAGACCCAAGAUCAUUAAAUUAAGCGAUCCAGAGAGAGCACUACACGAUGCCAACCAUUGAAGAAAUAACGUGUCGCAGGAGCUACGGUGUUUUCGAAGUUAGACGCUAACUACGGCUAUUGGCAAGUCGCAUUAGAUGACGAAAGCCAGUUGCUAACAACGUUUAACACGGAAUUUGGUCGAUAUUGCUAUAAGCGAAUGUCUUUUGGAAUUAAGUCCGCCCAGGAAGUGUUUCAGAAGCGUAUGAGCCAAUUAUUCGGUGAUUUUGAAGGCGUAGAGACCGACGUUGACGAUAUCUUAGUUUGGGGUACCACAACCGAAGAACAUGAUCAGCGUCUGAAAAAUUCGCUACAGCGGUGUGAAGAAAUCAACCUUACCCUAAACCAGAGCAAAUGCGAAUUUGGUACAACUGAAGUCGUGUACAUUGGCCAUAAACUAACCGCACAAGGGGUUAAACCAGACGAGUCGAAAGUUGAUGCCAUCAACAAAAUGCCUUCACCUACUUGCAAGAAAGACGCAGAGAGACUAUUGGGAAUGGUCAACUACGAAAUUUAUCCCCAACAUGUCUACUAUCACCGACCCGAUUAGAAUCGUGAUGAAGAAUGACGUGCAAUUCGAGUAGGGCAGCCGCCAAGAAGAAUCGUUUCAGAAAAUAAAAGAAAUCCUCACUGCUGCGCCAGUACUAGUUUAUUACGACGUUUGCAAACCAGUGACAAUAACUUGUGAUGCCUCUAAAUCAGGCCUGGGAGCGGUGUUGUUACAGGAUUCAAAGCCCGUUGCAUAUGCGUCAAGAGCCUUGACUGAUGCAGAAACGAGGUACGCCCAAAUCGAAAAAGAACUGCUAGCCGUAGUAUUUGGUUUCGAAAGGUUUAAUCAGUACACCUAUGCACGACCAUUGGAAGUCGAGAAGGAUCAUAAACCACUGGAGGCGAUAACCAAGAAACCUCUCUCGAUGGCACCACCUCGCCUACAAAGAAUGUUAUUGCGCCUACAAAGAUAUGACUUUAUCGUAAAGUACAAGCCUGGAAAAGAAAUCGUAUUCGAAGACACUCUUUCCAGAACAUACGUUCCAAACUCAGAGCCAGAUGAAAGCCACAUGGAAGACGAAGUCGAAUAUCAUACACACUCUGUUUUUCACAGAAUACCUGUAUUAACAGAUAAACUGGAGAAGAUUCGAGAAGAAACAUCAAAAGAUCCGACGAUGAUGGUUCUUUUGACGGUGAUUCGUAGAGGAUGGCCGCAGUCCAGACAACAGACUCCGGUAGAAAUCCACCAGUUUUGGAAUUAUCGGGAUGAAAUGUCGGAGAUCGAGGGUGUCAUUAUGAAAGGAGACAGGAUAGUUACACCAACAGUGUUACGAAGUGAGAUGUUAGCUCGAGUACAUGACAGCCAUAUCGGAAUUGAGAAAUGUCGAGGUCGAGCGAGAUAUAUCAUUUUCUGGCCAAAGAUGAACGAACAGAUCAAUGACCUGAUAUCUAAGUGUAACAUUUGUCAAGAGCAUCAGUCGUCAAACCCAAAAGAGUCACUGAUUGAAUCCCCAUUACCUGGUAGACCGUUGGAAACAGUCGCCACAAAUCUUUUUCAUUGGGAACAGAAAGAUUAUUUGUUAGUGGUAGACUACUACUCUCGUUAUGUGGAAGUUGCAAAGUUAGACGACACCAAAAGUCGAACAGUUGUCAAUCAUACCAAGUAGAUUUUCGCCAGACAUGGUAUACCAUCUGUUGUUCGAAGCGAUAACGAUCCGCAAUAUACAGCUCAGGAGUACAAGCAAUUCUCUUAAGAAUGGUUAUUUGAACAUCAGACAUCUAGUCCUUACUAUCCUAAGUCUAACGGUUUGGCAGAGAAAGCUGUUCAGACAGUUAAAAGAUUGCUGACAAAAGUUAAAGCGGAUGGUGAAAAUCCUUAUCUGAGUCUUCUUGACUAUCGGAACACACCAAUCGAUGAUGUUGGUUCUCCAUCACAAUUGCUGAUGAGUCGCCGACUUAAGUCUAUUCUACCGACAACCACAAGUCAAUUAUUACAGCCGCAGAUUGUCAAUCCCAAAGCAGUUGAACAUGGUAUACCAUCUGUUGUUCGAAGCGAUAUCGGUCCGCAAUAUACAGCUCAGGGGUAA